AUGUUGUCUCCGUUGAAGCCAUCCGCGCCAUCAGCGACCCUUCUCAGGUUCCUCCGUGGCCAGUCUGGACUCGGAAGUGGUCUGUUGGCAUGCGCUACCCCGAGACCUCGAGCUUCGAGUCAUGACGCUUUCGCGAUAGGGUCUUCGCGAAGAUCCUCGACUUGGUUAUGCUCUGACAAGCAACAGCAUACCUUACCGACUCAGAAACUCCUAGCUUCAUCGACACCAAGACCAAGAGUUGACGCAGUCUCGUACUGUUCAAUGCAAAUAGUACCGACUCGCUCCUCCUCUACGACCCGACGAUCGUUCCUUAAACGCCUGUUUGAUCUGAAGAAAAACAAAAAUGCCGAUUACAAGAAUACUCGCAACACAGGACCAGGAUUAAUGGACGAUGGUACGGAGGGGAUGUUCAACAUUGGCCGUGGAUUGUCAGCCAAAGCAUCAAAUGAGCUACGCAUUCGAUGCACGGAGUUCGACAAUAACGGGAACGUAACACUGGUCAAUGGAGAAUUCCGAAAACUGGAAUUAAUUGCAAAGUAUGGCCUUCUUCCUCGCGAUUUACGCAAGAUCGACUCAUCAACACUACCCCAUAUCCUUGUCCGACCGAGCGCUAUCCUGAUCAACCUUCUACACUUGCGAGUCCUCAUCAAGGCCGAUCGGGUACUUGUUUUUGAUGCCUACGGAUCAACCGACUCAUACAUGCAAUCUUUGUUCAUAUAUGACUUGGAAGGGAAACUUCGCCAGAAGGCGCAGGCCGGCCAAGCUCUGCCGUACGAAUUCCGUGCGCUGGAAGCGGUUCUUAUCAGCGUCACUGCUGGACUUGAAGAAGAGUUUAAUGGUGUACGGGAUCCCGUUGUGCGAGUCCUCAGAGCCCUCGAAGAGGAUAUCGACCGUGAUAAGCUUCGACACCUCCUGAUCUACUCCAAGAAGCUCGGUACUUUUGAACAGAAGGCUCGUUUGGUUAGGGAUGCCAUCGAUGACUUACUGGAAGCGGACGAUGAUCUUGCUGCUAUGUAUUUGACCGAAAGAGGCACCGGCAAAGAACGAGAUGAAGAUGACCACCAAGAGGUGGAAAUGCUUCUAGAGUCAUACCAUAAGGUCUGCGAUGAAAUCGUCCAAGCCAGCGGUAAUCUCGUGACAAACAUCCGUAACACAGAAGAAGUUGUCAAAGCGAUUCUCGAUGCAAACCGAAACUCUCUGAUGCUUCUUGACCUGAAGUUCAGCAUUGGUACCCUCGCGCUGGCUGCCGGAACUUUGUUCUCUGCUCUCUACGGAAUGAACUUGAAGAACUUCAUCGAAGAAUCCGACUUUGGCUUUGGUGGUGUCUCUGUUAUUUGCUUCGCCCUCACAGGUAUCGUCAGUGUGUACGGACUCGCCAAAUUACGAAAGCUUCAGCGUGUUCGCAUGUGGGGCGAAUCAGGAGCUGGCGGUGCAUCCUUAACCCCUCUUACCACCAGACACGGCGCCAUCGGUGGCCAACGCUCGAACUGGCGUGCGGAUUCUAUUGAACCUGUCUGGGGUAGCCUCCCUGGCGAGGCACGAUCCGAACGUAUCAAAAGACUCCGUGAUAAUGCUGCGGCGGCUGCAUCUAAACAUGCGGCUGCAACUGCAUCCAGGGCUGCCGCUCUCUCUGCAGCACAGAAUUCCUCCGUCUUCGAACACGCGUUGAAUGCUGAACGCAAGAAGGAGCCCGAAGAGAAUCUUCAUGAGUCUGGGCUCGGCAAGAAUUAA